AGAGUCUAAACAUGAAAGAUCGUUAAAGACCGUUGUUUGAAACAGGAUUCAAUCGUGUUAUGAUGCCAGAUGGGUUAUUUUAGUUAUUCGGUGUGAGUUUGGCCUUACUAUGGAUCUGCUGGUUUGUUAAUCAUCGAUUUUUAACGGAAAACCAGAAGCGCGAAACGCCUCACAACUUCAGACUCGUUCAGAAUGAAGCUGCAGUGUGAUGUGGAGGUUGUGAACCGGUUGUUACCGUCGAUGGGUGUGAGGAGCAAAGGCCGGUCCAGCCGCGCGGUUCUGUCCAUCGGGAAGCACGUGGACCGGAGCCUGUAUCUGCUGGUCUGCACCGCCAAAGACCGCGGCGGAGCCAAAUACAAGCUGAAGGAGAACAUCGAGAAGUUCUUUACCUGGUUCGUGGAAGAGGGCAAAGCCACGGUUCGGCUGAAGGAACCUGCGAUUGACAUCUGUCUGAGUAAAGCCGACAGCAGCAGCUUGAAGAGCUUCCUCUCCGCUGCUCGGCUCGCUCACAGAGGAAGUGACACGGACUCUCUCCCGCUGUCGUCUCUCGGCCCGGUCCGCGCCCGCGAUGUGGAGAAACCCAAGAAGAAGCUCAGCAUUCUGUCCAGGAAGGACUAUCCGCUGGCAUCCAGCUUCCCGUACUCCUUGGAGCAGCUGCAGGUCUCGUACUGCAGACUGACCCGAGUGGACCUGCGCAUGCUGUCCCUGCGAGCGCUGCGCCGGCUCGACCUCAGCAACAACCACAUCAAGAAGCUGCCCUCCACCAUCGGAGACCUGAGCUGCCUUGCCGAGCUCAUUCUGCACAACAACCACCUGGAGAGCUUUGGAGACGGCCUGUGUUCCUCCAGCCUCCAGACGUCGCUGCAGCACCUGGACCUGAGUCAGAACCAGCUGCAGGUUCUGCCCGCUCGCUUCUGUCAGCUGCAGCAGCUGGUCAACCUCAAGCUGGACCAGAACAAGCUCCUGCGGCUGCCUUUCCACAUGGGACGCCUCUCCAAGCUGCGCUUCCUGUCUGCCGCUCACAACCAGCUCACUGUGCUUCCCUCCAGCUUCAGGAAGCUGUGCCUGGAGAACCUGGACCUAUUUGGAAACCCGUUCAUUCAAGCCAACGCUCUGGAGCACACGAUCCGGCUCACGUUCCCACUGAAGCUGCAGGAGCUAGCGUCCCGCGCCGUGGUGGAGCUCAGAAUCCCUCACGGCCCUGACUGCGUCCCGCUGCAUCUGUGUCACGAGCUGGACUUCUCCAAAUCCUGCUCCUGCGGCCGGGCCUGUGUGGACUCCUACAUCCAGACGGCGGUCAGCAUCAACCUGCACCUGGUGUCUCACACCGUGGUCUUAGUGGACAACAUGGGCGGCACGGAGGCUCCGGUGCAGAAGCACUUCUGCUCUCUCCUGUGUUACUGCGAGUUCAUGGACGGCUGCCUGCAGCGCGACCUCAGAUGACCUCUCUAACCUUCUGUGCUGUUUGUUCUCUUUUAGCUCCGUGUUUCUGGGUUUCUUCAGUAGACACUUUUGUGUAAAAGACUCCAGUAUUGCAGCAUUUGUUUUGUAAAAAUAAAUAAAAGUCCUUUUUAAACAAGCUUGAGCAGCCAAAAAAAUUCACAUCACAGACUUCUGUAUUUUGUUGUUAGUUUUGUGCUUUUUCAAACUUUUUUUAUUUCAAACAAAGUUAGUUUCCGAACAAAAAGGAGUUCUACUGUACUCUACAUUUAAACAUUAAACUUAUGUAUCUGAUCUAA